AUGGACGUCCACACACGUCCCGCGCGGUGGGGGGAGGUGCAGCGGCUGCUUCCUCGCCCUGCCUGCCCAACGCCUCCCGUGGAGGCGAAGGAGGGAGGUGAGGCCAUACACAGCGUCCCCGUCUCGUGCCGGGACUCAAUGACUUCGUCCUCGCUUCCGGAUGGGGUAUCUCACUUUUUUUCACUCGCCAUCACUCGCCAGGAGUCGCUUGCCACAACGUUUACCGCGGCCUCCCGCACAACCUCGCCGCUUCCGCAAAAACCCUACGCCAUGCCGCGGCUGGACCGUCCGUGUCGCAGCCUUCUGCAGCCCCUCUGGAGUGACGUACAGUGCGACACCGCCACUGAUUUCGAUGAGGACAUCGUCUGCCGCUCCGGGAGCUGCUCACGGUGCCCUUCCUGUACCUCCUCCUUUAGCCUUGGCGCAGGGUGUGUGACACCGCUGACGUGGAAGAUGUCCUCCUUGGUGAACGGCAUUUCCGCGUCUGGGCGCACCGCAGACUCGCCGUGCCUGGCAUCCAUGCAGGAGGACUCGCUGGGGGCAGCCCUCAUGGAGCGACGCGCCAAGGAGGUGGCGGAGGCCAUGGCUUCGUGGGGCACACCAGCGCCGGGGGUGCUGCCGGUACUCUCUGCCUCAGACUACGAGGACGACGUGGAUGGAGGGGGUGACGUGCAGGAUGCCUCGCUGCCGCUUCAGGAGCGGAGUAUGGCCCUGGUGGAGGUUUUUGCCGAGCGAGCCAGGCGACAGCUGCCUCUUGAGUAG